AUGUUAUCCAAUGAAACAUCUGGAAAUCUAAUUGAAUUUCAUCUUUUUGAAAGAAUUUUUAUGACUAUUGUAUUUGCUUGUAUUUGUACUAUUGGAGCUAUUGGAAAUAUAAUUGUUCUUAUUGUUACAAUACGAAAACAAAGAUAUAGAUUUGUUACAAAUUGUUAUAUUAUUAAUUUAGCAAUAACUGAUCUUCUUUUUUUAAUUAUUUCUGUUCCAUUUACUACUUAUUUGGGUUUAACCGAUACAUGGCCUUUCUCACGUUUUAUUAAUUGUCAUGUUCAUAUUUAUAUAGCGCAUAUUUUACUUCAAGCAACAUGUUAUACAUUAGCAGCAAUGAGUAUUGAUCGAUAUUUUUAUGUAAUAAAUUCUCAUCCACGUCCUCCAUGGCGAACACCUCUCAAUGCUUUCAUUAUUUGUAUUAUUAUUUGGAUUGUAUCAAUUGUAUUAGCAUAUCCAAAUUCAUUAUUAUCAUAUUCACCAUCAGAAAAAAAUCUAAAUAUAACAAAUGAUUGUUCAUCAACAUCAUCAUCUCAGCCAUCAAUUGCUUUAUGUUUAUAUCCAUUUUGUCUUUAUUAUAUGAUACCAUUAAUAAUUAUUGCAAUUUGUUAUACAAGAUUAUGUAUUUAUAUGAAAAAUAUAUCAAAUAGUAUCAAACGAUAUAAAACUAGUUUAACAAAUGGUUCACGUCUUGUAUUAAAACGUCGUCGUGUAACUCGUACAUUGUUUUCUUUAACUUGUGUAUUUGCUAUAUGUUGGUUUCCAAUUCAUUUCCUUGAAUUACUUAAUUGUAGACGAAUGUUAUCAAAAUUUUAUCUUGAACAUCAACAAUUACUUAAUACUAUAAGAGUUACUGCUCAUGCAUUAUCUUAUUUUAAUUCAUGUAUUAAUCCGGUUUUAUAUGCACUUUGUAAUAGAGAAUCUUGUCUUUGA